AUGAACUGCGAAUUCCUUGAAGACGCGCAUAGCGAAUUUGCCCGGCUAUACAAUGACUAUAAUUGGCAAAUCAGAGCCAUUUGGCACAAGCUUGACAGAAAUGAGCGGGCGAGACUUUUCCUGGAUUAUUUUAACGAGGGUUCUCCGCAUAGCUACACCAGGGACAAGUCUGGGGAAUUGGAGUUGAAGGCAGUGAUAGUUCCUGAGUUGAACCUGAAUGAUGUUUCGACAAGUGCGAAAUUUCUCUUGAAUCACUUCAAACACCGUGCUACGACGUCUUUAUUUGAGCAGUAUCGGGUCGGUCUUGACGGUGCACUCGGCGACGGCCCUUUCGUUACUGAGAAGGUGAACAAGAAGCAACUUAGACCACGCCCAAAUCGUCCAAACUACUAUUAUAUCUUUACAGAGAAGUGGUAUGGGGAUCUCCUUGAGCUUGACAAAGAAGACAAAGGGACAGAGACAUUGAUUAAAGGCGGCGAUUGUGUUUCGUACGCAUGGGAAUUGGUCAAACAAGACGACUCGACUGUUGUAGACAAGAUGGCAGAGAUGAUCAAAGAGAUGCUGGCAACCGGAAAGGCGCCGGGAAAGACCGUCCCGUUCGCUAAGCUACUUAUUGGUGUUCAAAAACAGAGAGAUGACCUCGAGGGUUACUUGGCUAUUCUCCGCGAUGAGCCAUCUGUGUUUGUUUACAACGUCAACUCCUGGCUGCUCAGCCGGCCAGAACUAGUUACAGACGAUAGAGGCUACAGCCUGCCACCCGAAACCGACAAACACAUCGGCUGUGCCAUUUUCGAAGUUGUCCGUGGCUGGAUCCAGAAAUUUGCCAUCAUGAGUUACAUGUACAAUCUCAUGGAGAUGUGGGACAAUCCGAAUACCAAGUCGGAUUACAAGCGCAUCAUUCUUCAAGAAAUUUCCAAUGUAUUCCACUUCGAGUACAACCGCGCUCAGGCUCAUCUCAUCAGGCACGUCCAAACAGGAAUCGGGGCGAGAUGUUUCAGGCGUGUGCCCAACGCUUAUGAUGAGGCCGGAAACCCAAGGGUGGUUAUGAGGGUCAAGCCAGAUGAGCUUAAUGGGAGUGAUUCUCUUCUGCAAUACAUGCUGCGCUUAUGCCAGCCCCAGACGCAUGCUUUACAGGCAUUUCAGUGGGUCGACAAGUUGGAUGAUCUAUACAACUCCAAACCAUCCUGCUGGAAAUCCCUACAACAGAGAGAGAUGGAUGCAUUAGACGAGCUAAUUACGAUCGUGUUAGUUAUUCAAGAAUUGUCAAGGGCCGUAGCGCUACCACCUCUCUCUCGCAAAACAGGACAAACAUUUAUAAAUGGAUCCUGGGAGUUGGAUUAUGGCUUGAACAGAAUCCGGAAAGAAAUUGAUUUACAGGCAUUCUCAGUGCCAAUCAAUAAGCUACUCGAGCCCGGAAUGGCAAACGAGGCAUUGGUUCAACUCGACCACUUGGUUGUACUCCAUACUGGCUGCAAAAUGGACUUUUUCUGCCACUUCAUUGUGCAAGAAUGCUCGGCAUAUCACCGAGCCCAGUCUCAGGAGACUAAAGACAUUGAACAGAAUGAAUACAGGUAUCCUAUUACGACCGCUUAUUGCAUCGCCGAAGGUUUUGAUUUAAAGAAAUACGACGAAAAUAGAAGUCCUGUCCAAACAUCAACGUCUGAGAAUGAACAAACUGUCAAUAAGCCGAACGAAGAACAGCUGCAGAAGUUGUAUGCCAACCCAGCGGCGAAAAAGGUCUUCUCCACUCUCUUUGAAGAGCCAAAGGCCGGGGCCUCGAUCACUUGGACCGCGUUUAUAAGUGCCAUGGUUGCCAUGGGGUUUGAUGUUAAACAUGGGUAUUGCUCCGUUCAUGUACUCGUUCCACCGCGUAACAUGCCUUUGAGGACGUUCUUGAGUGUUUCCCGACCCCCAAAUCAUAAAAUAGAAGGGCAUCUGAUACCAACAUUGGCACGCCAGCUGAAGAAGGCGUACGGAAAAUUUAUGCCUUUUGAUUGA